AGAACCGAGACGAUCUUAUUGUGACGAAAAACUAAAGUUAUUCAACAAGCUUGUUUUGCUUUAAUCAACUACAAUCCGCGAGAGAUGCGGGCUUGGUGAAAAUUAUAUGCAAACGGUAUUCGGAUUUGUGAUCUUGAGCUUGUGUCUAUUUAGGGGCGAAGAAGCGACCAAGCUUACGCGGCAACUUGUUUUGUGUCACGUAAAGGGAAACCUUUGCUGAGGUGUAAGAAAGUGCUGCGAUAAUUAUUCGGACAGUGCAGUGUAGCAUUAAAUCGUCAAUAAUUAGCAGUUGACGUCACGCAAGGGAUGGCGCAAAGAGUGGCUUUCGGCAAGAAGAAAGCGGGCAAAAUGCUCGUCAACGUCCACAUGAAUGCCGAUGAUGAGAUUGAUGUGGUGCCUAUUGAUGCCAUUGUUUCAGAAAAUAAAGUACUGGACGAUGAGGAUAGCGAUGGAGACUCGACGGAAAGUCUUGACUCGGACCCGGAACUCGUGCAAACGAAGGAUGGUCGGCUGGUGCUGUCACGGUCCAGUAAAAAUUGUCCCAAAUGCAAAAAACCUCUUAAAACAUCGGCGGAGCUGGCAGCCCACCGACCGAAAUGUCCGGGGACGCUUGAUAAAGUGACCGAGGUGAUACUGAAGGAGAAAAAAGCGGCAAAGCACGCAAAUCCUAGUGAAGAGUUUAGCAAGUACUGUAACCCGAACCCGGAGAACCCUUGCUAUUGUUGCGGCGAGGACGUCAGUACUGCGCACGUUGGCCACAUCCGGUGCCAGUUUUGCCCGAAAUCGUUUAAAGCGUUCGAGUAUCUCGAUCGGCACAUCAGCUCGGUCCACGCCGAGUCGGACGAUUUUCCGUGCGAAUUCUGCAACGCCAAGUGUCCCUCAGCCGAGAUUCUGGCGGAGCACCAGAAGAUUCACAGCGAGGGUAAGCCGCACUCGUGCACCAUCUGCGGGAAGGAGUUUACCCGCCGCUACCAUCUGGAUCGCCAUGCGAAACACUCCAACUGUGGCAGCGACCAGAAGUUCCAUCUGCCGUGCGAGGUAUGCGGAAAGGAAUUCACCCGUGUGGACAAUCUGCGCGAACAUCUGCGCACGCACCUCGGCCAGACGGGCCGCAAGCGGGACUAUCAGUGUCCAUACUGUCCAAAGUCUUUUUACGGUUCGUCGCUGCUGAACAUUCACAUCCGGACACACACGGGCGAAAAGCCGUUCCCGUGCGAUCUAUGCCCGAAAUCGUUCCCGUCGUCCGGCGCACUGCGUAAGCAUCGGCGCAAGCACACGGGUGAACGGCCGUACAAGUGCGAUGACUGUUCGGCUACAUUUUCCGCGCGGGAAACGCUCAACCGCCACCGGAAGAGGCACACCGGUGAUAAGCCGCACGAGUGCAAGGAGUGCGGUAAGCGUUUCAUCCAGGCGACGCAGCUCCGUACGCAUAUGUUCGUUCACACCGGGACCGCCUCGUACAAGUGCAAGGAGUGUGACCAGGCAUUCCCUCGGAGCAGUAAGCUUAACGAGCACAUCAAGUACGAACAUCGAGGCGAGCAACCGUUCGAGUGUAACGAGUGCGGGAAGCGUUUCCUUGACCGGGCAGAGCUGAAUCGGCAUAUGGCGGUGCAUAUGACCCAGAAGGAGUUCCAGUGCCACUGCGGUAAUUCGUACACAAGGAAAGCUUCACUGAAGGCGCACAUGAAAACGCAUAGCUCGGAAGAACCGGUAACCUGCAAGAUUUGCACGAAAACAUUUAUCAGAACGGAUUGCCUGUUGCGUCACAUGAAGAAACAACACGCGGAAGCCGUCGAAGAACUUAUUCAAUGCACGGAGAAGCGUAAAGAGGAAGAACUGCAAGUGCCGAGCCCGGCGACGGUAGAAAUCAACGGUGAGGUGUUCGAAAUCACGACCAUGGGAGAGUCUACCAAACAACCUAAGUUUGUACUGCCCGAUCCAAACGCUGGCCGAGUGAUGGAGGUGUAUGAGCUUCCACCCAUAGUGGUUCCCGAGGCAGUAACGUCUCCAGAUGAACCAGUGGAAUACGAGCUGGUUCCAAUUGCUGAGGAAACGGAAGUCGAGAUCUAUAGCCAGGAGGAGGCGCUUGACGACUUAUCUCCGGGUAAUAGUGAGGGCGUGGAGAUAUUGCCAACUAUCAAAGAGAGCUCCCCGAAGACCAAACCGGAUCCCGAGAAGACAAAUAAAGAAGCUUCAUCGAGUGGAAAGAAUGUGGAUGGAGCGAAUAGUGCUUCAGUUAAAAUAUUGAAGCCGAAACUGGCACAAGAGCCUAGUCCGGCACAUGAGCCAAGUCCGAUACAAGAGCCUAAACUGGCAGCUAAAAUUGAAAGAGCUAGAGAAAAACGUUCUACACCUUCAAAUAAAUCUGAUAAGCUUCCUACGGAACCCCCAAAACCAACGCCGGUUGAAGAGAAGGCAAAGGAAAUCAAACCAAAAUCACCGAAAGUCGCAAAGGAAUUGGUGGAUGGCGUGAAGGAACCGGUGAAACGUCGGAAAACACGUGAACCGAAGACCGCGACCGGAGCAAAGAGAAGUCGCACGGAAACGGAUGAUAGUAUUCCGAUUUUCUUGAGCGACGAAAUGCUGUCGGAGAAAAUUGCCGAGCUGUUACUGAUGUUGGUGGGAGAAGAGAUGCUGCAAGAGUUUGGCUGGCCUGAGACGCCGGUGGAGGAUCUGCUCUGCCAGGUGAUUCUACGCUGCGGUCAUCGGCCAACGAAAGGCGAAGAAGCUGGAGACAAUACGACGCGAAUGCGUGAGAAUACGAAAAUCCUUUUCUCCGUUACAAUGGACGAGGAGGAUAUAAAGCCGUUGCUAAACAAUCAUACCGUAGAUGAGGUUAUUAUGCAUGUGCUGAAGAGUAAAUGAGUCUUGGGCCAACCGAAGUUGGUUCUACGACGAAUCGCAGUGCAAUCGAUUGCAGGUU